CUGUCAAAUUUUCGCGCGAGUGAGAGUCAGAAUUAAAAUUAAAAAUACACGCUUCAUCUUUUUCUUACAAUGUGACUAGGAUUGAAUCAAGUUUUCGAAUUUGUUUCAGAAAACUUGGUUUUCAGAACAAAACCUUUGCUUUCAAAAAUGUCUUGGCUUACUUUUUUUAAACGUACUAAAAAGUCCAAAGCCGAUUAUGAACUGUUGAAAAAUUGCUUGCUGAAAAUUAAAAAAGAAGGACUAAAAUUAAAUCUUAGUGAAGAUGAAAUACUUGCGUUAGUAAUGACGAAGUUAAGGAAACCAAAAGCAAAAAUCUCAUACUUGAAAAUGUUUCUAAAUACUAACGUGUUACUAUUUUUUUUGAUUAUAGGAACUAUUUCUGCAAUCGUUUUAAACGGCAAGGAAUUUUCAUUAAAUCGUUGUAUAAUUGAAAACAAUUAUUUCAUCAUGGAGAUGACGAGACCUAUUACAGACUGCAAUAUAUGCAAGAAUAUUGACAGUUUUUCGAUUCUUGAAAAUGUUACCAAGCAACAAUUUUCAAAAUAUGCUUACUUAGGACAUCCUUUGCUUAUUAAAGGUGGCUGUUCGAAUUGGUCAGCACUGGAGGUAUUUAAUUAUGAUUUUUUUAAAGAAUUGUAUUCAUCAACAAAAGGUGCUUUUGAAAGCGUGGAAGUUGAAUGUCAAUUUUUUCCUUUUCGCACAACAUUUCUUAGCCUACAAGAAGUAUUUAAUAUGCCUGAGAGUAGAGCUAAAAUGACAACACCUGAUGAAGAGACUUGGUACAUUGGAUGGAGCAACUGCAAUCCAGACAUUUCUUCUGUUUUGAGACAACAUUACUCAAAGCCUCAUUUCCUCCCAGACGAUUCUGAACUGAGUGCCAUCGAUUGGAUAUUCAUGGGGUAUCAAGGUCCCGGAGCCAGCAUGCAUCUGGACUAUGUUCGAAGGCCGUCGUGGCAAGCGCAGAUUCGGGGGACCAAGAACUGGUACCUCCUGCCUCCACCCGAAUGCGAAGACGUGUGCACCCCGAUGAAUAUCAGUGUGCACCGCGGGGACAUUAUUUUGAUCGACACUAAUCAGUGGUAUCACACCACUGUAAUUGAUGGCAGUGAGAUGAGUGUCACCCUUGGUUCAGAGUAUGAUUAAAA